GUUCAACUUUAUGGCCGCAUGUCUCGAGGAUUUCAUAAAUAAUAACCCAGACAUCGGUGACAAACGGCUGCCUUUUGGGCUGACCUUCUCGUUUGGUUACGACCAGAAGGCUCUGGAUGUGGGGAUCGUUACUCAGUUCGGAAUCAACACCAAUUUGCCGGACGCCGUGGGCAGAGAUGCCGUUCAGUUCAUGCGCGAAGCCAUUGCCCGCAAAAAUCUUAAAGUGGACGUCAUGUCCAUCUGCAACGACACGACCGCCACACUGGCGUACGGCAUGUACUUAAAGCCCGACACAUACAUCGGCUUCAUAUUGGGCUCCGGCACCAACACCUGCUAUCUCGAGGACGUCAACAAGAUUGAAAAGAUUGAUCCGUUGAAGACAUUUGGCAAACGAGUUGAUGGCGUUAUACUGAACCUCGAGAAUGGAUUUCUCGGUGACGACGGCUCUAUUGAUUUCGCCAAAACUAAAUGGGAUUUAGAGAUCGACGCGGAGGCGCUGUUCCCUCACAGCUACGGGUUCGAGAAACUAAUCGGUGGCGCCUUUAUUGGAGAACUGGUUCGCAGAUCUCUAUUAUCAUUAGCGGAAAGCCGUCUAUUUCUUGGGGGAGUCAUAACCGAUGGAUUAAAAGUGAAGGACUCUAUUAAAGGCCCCGACGUGUCAUCAGUAGAAAGCGAUAAAACUGACGGUUCAGUCACUGCCUUAUUGCAGAGGUUGGGCUAUACGUCAGCGCAGAUCACCGCCGAUGACACUGAGAUUGUCAGAUAUGUGUGCGCUAUC